AUGAUUGAUCAGCAACCAAAGUUGUCGUACUUUCCCAUCGAGUCCAAGUGCAGUGCCGGCCAACCGGAACCGGAUCCGGGCGGUUCGCUGACGAACGAAAACGCCAACAGUGCGAACAGUGCAAACAUCAACGCCAAUGUGACCGCCGACAGCAACACGGUUGCUCCCGGUCCUGGAAUGAACGGUAGCAAAAGUAGCUGCAGCGCAAAAACACCAAUUACGACCCAACCAUCGGUACCGCGGUCCUCGCAGCAAGGCUAUUCAUCCACCGGCGGCAGCGUAACGGCACCUACGCUGGCCGAAGGACAGAGACUGUUGCUUGCCGCAGUGAUGACGGCGGGAAGUGGUGCUGGUGAGUUGCACGGCGAAGGGAACGGAGGUGAGUCGGAGCACCUGGCCGGGCUGCUGGGGACGUCCCUGUGCGGGCAGUGCUGUGGUCCGAUCUGCGAUCGCUACAUCAUGAAGGUGGUCGACAUCACCUACCACGAACGAUGCCUCCAGUGUACCUCCUGCUCGAUCCGCCUCAUGCAUUCCUGCUUUAUGCGCGAUGGGAAGCUGUACUGUCGCUUCGACUACGAGCGACUGUACGGCCGGAACAGAUGCCUCGGAUGUGGUGAGAAGAUUGGUGCCGACGAGCUGGUAAUGCGCGCCCUGGAUAAUGUGUUCCAUCUGAAGUGCUUCAUCUGCGUCGUUUGCGGCGUACGGCUACAGAAGGGCGAUCAGUACGUCAUCAAACAGAGUCAGCUGUUCUGCCGGCCCGACUACGAGAAGGAGGUGGAAAUGUUCCAGGGUUACAGUUACGAUGAUUACUGCUGUGAUGACAUGUUCCAGACGCGCAUUGACGGUCGGCGGGGUCCGAAACGACCUCGGACUAUUCUAACGACACAGCAGCGCCGUGCCUUCAAGGCUUCGUUCGACAUAUCGCCCAAACCGUGUCGGAAAAUUCGCGAAGGAUUAGCAAAGGAUACCGGGCUUAGUAUAAGGAUCGUACAGGUAUGGUUCCAAAACCAACGCGCCAAAAUGAAGAAAAUCCAAAAGAAACAGCUCAAGGAAGGUGGCAAAUCAUCACACCACGGCGGUGGCGGUGGAAACACCGGUAGCAACAAAAACCACAACGGCAACAACGGUAAAGGGAACGAUUCUCAGGAAGAGCUGUCUGAUAACGAGAGUGCCGUCGGUGGAAAAUUGUCACUUCGCAUCAAAGACGAAAACUCGAGAUCAAACAAUUAUCUACACGAUAGCUGCAGUGACAACGAGGGAACCGUUACGGACAACGACGGAGGUCCGUACGGUGGAACGGCUGCUCGACUCGGUCUUGGAGGAUCCGACCCAUAUAAGAUCGUGAAGGAAGAGCUGGACCUCGAGGACGACUACUUUCGCAUGGCUAUGUCAACUCCCAACCAACACCUACAUCAUCACCAUCAUUUGAAUCAGCAGCAUCCUCAUCAUCAUCCCCAGGCGCCGGGCGGACGAUUCGGUGGGAAAUCCUUUGCAAAUGAACAUCAUGCAAACACUAGCAUUAAGACGGAAAACAUGGCACUCGACUCGACAACGAUGCUACCCUCCAAUGGAACCAGCAUGGACUAUGGAGUUUCACUGCAACAGUUGGCUUCGUCCAUGAACGGAGGCUCCCUUCCGAACGGUGGAACCGGUAACGGAGGUCCCACAGCAUCCCAUGAGCCUAUCGGCCCAAUGGUUAACCCGAUUGAUCGGCUUUACUCGAUGCAGAACUCAUACUUUUGCAACCAGGACAAUCCAACAAUCUCGUGUCCUUCCACACCGACCGGCCAUCCAGGUACACCACCGGGUUCAACUCAUCAUCGUCCAACACAGCAACCGAAUCCUAUGCACCUUCAACAUCCUGGAAUCCAGCAGCAAUCAAUCCCAUCGCACCACUUCCCAACACCGUCUAACAAUGGUCCGAACAUGGUUAGCUUAGGCGCUCCUAACGUAGGGAUGGGUCAACAUAUGAUUGGCAUGUGCAAUCCAAUGCUAGAACAACAACAACACCAACAACAGCAACAGCAGCAGCAACAACAGCAGCAGGAAAGUGUAAUGUAA